AUGCAAUACAUAGAUGCAACAGGUUUCACUGGGUUAUUCAAGUUUCCUAAUACAGAGGUCAACCAUACCUUUAUCACAGCCUUGUUCGAGCAAUGGCGUCUGAAGACGCACAUGUUCCACUUGCCCCAUAGAGAAAUGGGUAUCACCUUGCAAAAUAUAAAGGUGAUGCUAGGGAUUCCAGUGGAUAGAUUGCCUGUCACUUGGAAGACAGACAUAACAUGGAGCGAUGUGUGCCGAGAUUUGUUGGGCCAUCAACCUUCGCUCAUGAUACCCAACUUAAACAGGUCUAUCCUUGUUGGGGCAAGGGUAAGAUACAAGUGGCUUGAUGCACAAUUUACCGCUCCCCCAACUGUGGAUGUUGGUGAUGAAGUAGUGCAGCAACAUACCCGUUACCACCUACUUGUUUGGAUGGGGGCCAUGUUGUUCAUGGACAAGUUGACAGAUUGGGUCUCACUCCUGCCUCUACAGUUCCUCAACCUAAUCAGCAAUGCGAGACAGUAUAGUUGGGGUUGUGUAGCAUUGGCCUGGCUCUACAGGCACCUUUGUAGUGCAUUGAAAAAGGAUGCAAUGUAG